AUGGCGAGUGUAGUAGGUGGAGGAGAAGAAAUCAAGAAUGAGUUGUUUCAAAUGGCGAUGGAAGGCGAAUGGGAUAAAGUUGUCGAGAUAUAUGGAAGCAACCCAGAGGCUCGCAAGGUGACGGUCACCAGGUCAGGGGACACCGCACUACACAUAGCUGUCUCCGAUGGCCAAGAAGAGAUAGUCAAACAACUUAUAGAUGAAAUUUCCAAUGGACAAGAAGAAGGCAAGGAGGCUCUUAGAAUUAGAAACGACCAUGGGAAUACUCCUCUUCACGUUGCUGCAUCAAUGGGGAGUGUGGGUAUGUGUGAAUACAUUGCACAAGUUGAUCCUUCAUUGGUGGGUGCUCGUAAUAAGGACAGCGAGACCCCAUUUUUCUUGGCUGCUUUCCAUGGCAAAAAAGAAGCCUUCCUUUGUCUUCUCAGAAUCUGUGGUCGCUCUGAUGGCUAUGAGUAUUCCAAGAAGAAAAAUGAUGGCGAGACUAUUCUUCAUGUUGCCAUAGCUGGAGACUAUUUUGAUUUGGCAUUUCAAAUAAUCCAGCUGUAUAAAGAUCAAGAGAAAAAAAUGGACCUAGUCAACUCAGUGAAUCAGGAAGGAUUCUCACCGCUGCAUCUACUAGCGAGCAAGCCUUCCGCAUUCAGAAGUGGUAGCCACCUUGGACGAUACCACAAAAUCAUUUAUCACUUCAAGAUCAUGGGAAAGAAUAGUGCUCAAACAGAUCUAGACCUUGAAAGACAUGCAGGGGAAGCAAAACAAACUAACAAGGAAAAAAAAGGAUCUGAAGUCACCAAUGGAGCUUUGAAGCAACCAUUUCCACCUAAUUACAUCACCUGUUUUGAAUUUGUCAAGCUUAUAUACAAGGCAGUGCUGGUCGUUCUUGGACUAGGAUCUACCGAGAUACUAAAGAUACAGGAUAAGAAAGAGAAGCACGUGUGGUCCGUUCAAAUCAUGAAUGAACUUCUUCAACGUGUUUCCAUGAACGAAUAUGGUAACACUGGGACGACCCCUCCUCCGUCUAAAACGACAUUGCCUACAGACGGCGAGACAAGUGCUUAUAAUACUAUUGCUGAAGGCAGCGUCUACAGUGACAAUUUCUCAGAAGAUCAGGAGAAGCCAAAUAGUGAUCCGACCCUUGAAUCUUUACAAGGUAACCAAAGAGACAAAAGUAAGAGGUUACUAACUCCCAUAUUAAUUGCUGCCAAAAAUGGUAUCACUGAAAUUGUGGAGAAAAUCCUGAAACGUUUUCCGGUCGCCAUACACGACAUGAAUACAGAGAAUAAGAAUAUAGUGCUGUUGGCGGUGGAGCACAGGCAACCGCAUGUGUUUAAGCUCUUGCUUAAAAGAAACAUCCUGAGAGAUACUGUGUUUCGUGUUGUGGACAAAGAAGGGAAUAGUGCCUUGCAUCUCGCCGCAAAGCUUGGAGAGUAUAAGCCAUGGCUAAUUCCUGGUGCAGCGUUGCAAAUGCAAUGGGAAAUCAAGUGGUAUCAGUUCGUCAAGGAGUCCAUGCCCCCCCAUUUCUUCCCCCGCUACAACAGGCAGCGCCAGACCCCAAAAGACUUAUUUACCGAAACCCACAGGGACCUCGUCGAAAAAGGCGGCGACUGGCUAAGCAAAACCUCCGAAUCAUGCUCUGUUGUCGCUGCACUCAUUGCCACCGUGGCCUUCGCCACAUCCUCCGCGGUCCCUGGAGGAGUCAACCAAGACAGUGGGACUCCAACGCUCGAAAACCAGCCGGCAUUCAACAUCUUCGCUAUCGCAUCGCUCGUUGCGCUCUGCUUCUCAGUCACAGCUGUGGUCAUGUUCCUCGCCAUCUUAACAUCACGCUACCAAGAGAGAGAUUUUGGGAGGGACUUGCCGACAAAGCUCUUGGUAGGCUUGACGUCGCUAUUCGUUUCCAUAGCUUCAAUGCUCAUCUCCUUCUGUGCGGGACAUUUCUUUGUGCUAAAGGAUAAGCUGAAAUAUGCAGCGUUCCCGGUAUAUGCAGUGACGUGCCUGCCGGUAACCUUUUUUGCUAUGGUGCAAUUUCCGCUCUAUUUUGAUCUUAUAUGGGCUACCUUCAAGAAGGUACCACAACGUAGCUACAAGGCGGUGCCUCUCUAA